AUGUUCCUUUACCAGCUGCUCAACUUUUUCUUUGCAGCCUCCAAAAAGGAGGAGGACUCCAAGUAUGACCUGUCCCUGUACAAGCGUGGAGACUUGCUGGAGGUGCCCCGGACGCUAUUCACACAUUUCGGUAUUUACCUGGGUGACAACCGGGUGGCUCAUCUCAUUCCAGACAUCCUGCCUGCCAUCACUAAAGAUAAAUCUGCAAUAGCCAAGAUGGUGACAAACAACCGCCUGUUGAUGGGCGUCGUCACCAAGGUGGCCAGUGUCAGAGUGGACUCUGUGGUGGACUUUGCCUACGGCUCUGACAUCCUGAUCAACCACAUGGACAAAGUGUGCAGCCAGCCUCCACUGGAUGGGGAUGAUGUGGCACGAAGGGCUGAGAAGCUGCUGGGAUCCGUCACCUACAGCUUGCUGUGGUACAACUGUGAACAUUAUGUCAUGUACUGCAGAUACGGCAUGGCCAUCAGCUACCAGACAUACCAGUUCUGCACCUCGGUACGUAAGAUCGUGUUCAGCAGGAUGAGCGCCUACCUGACGGCACUGUGCGGCGUGAGCUUCAUGCUGUACCUGAGCUGUGUUACGCCGCUGACCGUCCUCCUCACCGCGCUCAUCUCCUUCACCAUCUGGAUGGCUUCAUAGGCUCAUCGUGUGAAAUAGACUAUAAAUGAUGUCCAGCAAAAUCUAAACAAUAUGCAUCAGGAACUCCUGGUUAUAAUUUUUUGCUUGCUAUUACAGCAGGGAUAGAGGUUAAUUCUACAUUUGUUUGGACUUCAGUUGUUUUUUUUUUACUGUUGUGUACUGACUGGAUAAUAAUUUGCAAUAAGAAUUGGUACUGCUUUAAAUGUAUUUUCAAUUAAAUGUGUAAGUAUUCAGCUCAAAUGUUCAUAGGUUUCAGGUCGCAGAUUUUGGAUUUCUUUCCAUUAAAUAAAGUCACAACAACUUUAGCACAUGAUGAAGGUUAAUGGGAGGGUCAGCAAAAUCACUUUUCCUAUUUUCAGAGUCAAUAAUCAAACAUGUUUCAGGUUGUCAUGAAGUAUGUUGUUAGACUGCAUUCUUCUGUGACGUGAUUGUGGUAAAUGUGAACAGAACGUGUCACAUGCUUCCCGACUCUUCACUGAACAUUAUGUGCUGCAUUGUUCUGGAACAAUAAUAAAUUAUUGAUUACACGUGUUAUUAAUUACAUAAGUGAUGUGAAGCAAACUAGUCCACCUGUCUGAGCAGAGCCUGGGAGGCUGUGGUCGCUGCUGCACAAAAUGUUGAUCAUCAACUCAUCAAGAAACUGACAAGAGUCCAUGAAUGUGAGAUAGAUCACUGGUACUGAAAAGAAGUGUGGCUGUAUUGAUCAAAAAGGAAAAUGUCAAAAAUGUUUAUUGGAAAGCUUUAGUUGUUGAUCAUUUUCACUUAUAUGGAAAAAAAAUGAGAUGAUAAUCCAGCAAUUGUUUUCCCCAUAUUGUUGCAUAAUAAUUCUGCACAAUUGCUUCCCAAUAAUUGUACACAUACAGACAUUUUGCAAAGGAAUCUGCAACUCCACUUAUACUUUAUCAUGCAUGUGGCACAAAAACCAGCACAAUGUACCAAAUCCACACAAAUACAGGUCACAUGUUUGAUGCACAUGGCACAGAGAAACAGUGCA